UCACAUAUAAACCCUGAUGGAGUGUUAAUUUGAACUUGUUAAAUCUGCGUUUUCAAAUUUGCCGUGCAGCAAUGGCUCCAGGUGAACGUGGCUCAGCUCCAACAGAUGGUCCUGCAGGUAGGCGAGCCAGUCUCAUUUUUCAACACGCUUUUUUUUAAUCUGAGUUGAGCGCGAUGCGAUGUUGAGGCUUUGAGCGGGGGAGCGAAGACGAAGAACAGCUCUAUGAGCAAGGAGCGGAAUCUCACCACUCCGCUUACAUGCUCUGGUCUGUGGUAUGCCUUUUCAGGCGUGUCAGUAUGGACGGAGAUUUGUUCUGAAAUGGUGCUAAAAUGCUGGUUUGUUGGAAUUGGACAAAAUUCAAAGAAAACCAGGAGUACGUGUUUGAAUAAAGAAGCCACAGGGGUGUCAGCUGAGCUGAGAGACUAUAAAAGGACAUUUAGCAGCAGCUGUGGAACCAUUCGUUCCAGUAGAGAGUCCAUCAUGAGGUGUCUUGUGUUUCUGCUCUUCGUGGCUGUGGCCAACGCCAGGGUUUACUCACGCUGUGAAUGGGCCCGAGUGCUGAAGAAUUAUGGGAUGGACGGCUACCGCGGCAUAAGCCUGGCUGACUGAGUAUGAGCCUGCAGAUACUGGGUUUGUCUGAGCAAGUGGGAGUCGAGUUACAACACCGCAGCCAUCAACCGCAACAACGGAGACGGAUCCACUAACUACGGCAUCUUCCAGAUCAACAGCUACUGGUGGUGUAACAAUGGCGUCACGCCAGAUUAGGAUGUGCCAUUUCUGUGUCUGUAGCUUUAAAUGCUAUUG